GAACCAAGCAUCUUGCAGUCUUCAUUCCCUCAACAGAGAUGGAGGGUUCUGCCCGAGAAAAAUGGCUGACCCUCCCUUUCUUCAUCGCAUUCCUUUUCGCAGUUCUCUACCUUCUUCAAACCCUAAUUCUCGAGAAUUUGAUGGUGGGAAACACAGAGGCAAAGAUCAAGAGAAAGCCCGAUCUUCCACUGAGAUUUAACUCCAAUGGCACCUUCAAGAUCCUUCAGGUUGCCGAUAUGCAUUAUGGGAAUGGGAUUGUGACCAGAUGUAGAGAUGUGCUGCCGUCGGAGUUCGAGUUCUGUUCCGAUCUUAAUACGACUCAGUUCCUUCGAAGAGUGAUUAAAGCUGAGAAGCCCGAUCUUAUCGUCUUUACGGGAGACAAUAUAUUUGGGCCAAGUGCUGCAGAUGCUGCUGAAUCUUUAGCCAAAGCCGUCAGUCCUGCCUUGGAAUCCAGAAUUCCUUGGGCAGCAAUUUUGGGUAAUCAUGACCAAGAGUCUACCAUGAGCCGGGAGGAACUGAUGUCAUUUAUUUCUCUUAUGGAUUAUUCGGUCUCUCAGAUCAAUCCAUCUAUGAGCGACUCUGCUGAUGGUGUUGAAACAAGCACAGUAGCCAUUGAUGGGUUUGGGAACUAUAAUCUCAGAGUGCAAGGAGCUUUUGGGUCUGACUUGGCCAAUACCAGUAUCCUCAAUCUCUUAUUUCUUGACAGUGGAGAUAGGGCUACUGUCAAUGGUGUUCGAACUUACGGCUGGAUCAAGGAAUCUCAACUGCAUUGGCUUCGUAGCUUUUCUGAGGGCCUUAAGCAGGGCAACGAAUGGGAUCGAGAGCCACUGUAUGGCAUCACGUUGGCUCCUACCCCGGCACUUGCAUUCUUCCACAUCCCAAUCCCAGAAAUUCGGCAGCUCUGGUAUAAGAAGAUUGUGGGCCAGUAUCAGGAGGGAGUUGCUUGUUCUGUUGUUAACUCUGGCGUUUUACCAGCUCUUGUGUCCAUGGGAGAUGUGAAGGCUGUCUUCAUUGGCCAUGAUCACACUAAUGACUUUUGCGGGGAGCUUGAUGGUAUAUGGUUUUGCUAUGGUGGGGGCUUUGGAUACCAUGCUUAUGGUAAAGCAGGUUGGUCUAGAAGAGCAAGGAUAAUUCUGGCUGAGCUAGGAAGGGGGGAGAAGGCAUGGAUGGGGGUCGAGAGGAUCAAGACUUGGAAGUGUCUUGAUGAUGAGAAUCUGAGCAAGAUCGAUGAGCAAAUUUUGUGGCACUGAAGGUUAUAAAGAUG